GCACGAAGCGGAUAGAUGGCGGUGGGCCGAUCCAGCGGCCGGGGUGGCCAGUCUGAGUGUGUCCGGGGCGCGGAACACAACUGCUGCUCAGACCACCACACGGCACACAUGCCCCUCUCGGGGAAUGACCUUUGGGGUCUGGUGACCGAGGCCAUGGGCGUUUGCCGUGUGGUAGCAGCGGCACGUGCUGGGCUGGCAGGCCUGGCUUGGCUAAUGGCGGACCCUCCCCAACUGGUACUUGUGGGCCUGGAUUCAUCGGGCAAGACAACGGCGCUGCUGCGGCUCAAAUAUGGCCGCUACGUUAACACGGUGCCCACCGUCGGCUUUAACUGUGAGCGGUUACGGAGCGGCGGUUGCUCUUGGGUGGCGUGGGACGUAGGUGGCACUGAGCGGGUACGGCCGCUAUGGCGCGCCUACACACGCGGCGCCGAUGCAGUGCUCUUCGUAGUUGACUCCAGCAGUGCCGCUGACCGUCUGGAAGAAGCACGACAUGAGCUGCACGUUCUUGUACGACGCCAAGCGACACAAAGUGCCGCACUACGACGUUCGCGUCCGCCAGUGUUGGUGUUGGCCAACAAGCAAGACUUGCCCAGUGCCAGGUCGCCCGAUGAUAUGAUCGAUGCCCUUGGCCUAGCCGACCUGCCGCCCUGUCAACCCUGGGCCCUCGCCCCAGCCUGUGCGGUCACAGGAGAGGGUCUACCGGAAGCCAUGACAGACCUGCGCCGCCUUUUCAUCAAAGCUCGUCGAACCAAUCCUUCGCGUGGCUGACACUUCUCCUGUAUCCUUGAGGUGCAGAUUAUCCAUUACUUUUUUCCCAAUCUGAACUGCUCAAACCACAUCACACUCCUUUACACCUGUCAAUAAGGCUGAGGGCGACGGCAAGGAAGUAAGGUGUGGAAACAGAUCGUUUACUUGUUGUGUGUGUCGCUAUGGGAAUCACGAGUGUUGGGAAGCAAUUAUGAUAGAGAAAAAAAAACUUAGACUCUAAAAUCAUGAAAUCCAGCACGCUGUGUGUGGGGGGGAAGGGUGUGUUAUUUAAAAUGACGAGUUAUUUUCAUCAUUAAGUACAAGUCAAAUUAUCAUUUAAUGUGUACAAACCAAACUUACAUAUCAUCUUGUAUGUAUCAAUCAUUCCUCCUCCAUGUCUCUUUUAGAAUGUGUAAAUAGUUAUGCAUUGCCUCAAAUAUAAUAUUAUCAUCAUAUACUCUGAA